AUGUGUUCUUAUUUCUGCAUGAACUGGAUUCUUCUCAUCCUGUGUACAGGCCCCGUGGUGUCAGGAUCACUUGUGAAAGGAAAAGUUGGUCAGAAUAUCAUCGUGCCCUGCUUUUACAGUGUUAAGACAACGGACGACAUCACAUCGAUGUGCUGGGGGCGUGGCAGCUGCCCUUCUUCCAAGUGUUCCGAGACGCUCCUCUGGACGGACGGCUGGCAGGUGACGGAGCGGUCCAGCAGCAGGUACAGGCUGAGGGGCAACCUGCGGGGGGGCGACGUGUCCCUCACCAUCCUCAGCGCCCAGGAGGCGGACAGCGGCACCUACUGCUGCCGCGUGGAGAUCCCGGGGUGGUUCAACGACCUGAAGAGUGAGCACAAGGUCCUGAUAGAGAGAGCUAGAAUCUCUACUGCAAGUCCUCACACUUACACCUCUGAACAGACCACAGCUCGUGGGAGCACCAGCGAGUCAUCCUUUACCAUCACAAGAACGUGGCCAUCAGUUCCUGCUUCAGAAGCUCCUAGGACUGCAUCUGAUCCCUGCUCAAGCACCUCAGACUGCUGGGAUGUAACCACUAACCUGCAGAACGUGUCUUUAUCACUUCCCAGUCAGCAGUAUUCAGAGAAAGGGCUGUACAUUGGGAUUGGUUUAUGUACAGCACUUCUAGCCGUCCUUAUUUUGGCACUGUUCCUGACUAGACGAUAUUUAUACAACUCAAAGAAGACAGGUGACUUUGCAAACUUCGUUGCAUUUUGGAGGCCAGAAGGUGCAGGGAGCCAUCAUGCCCUGGAAGAUGAAAACCGUGCAGAGGAGAAUUCUUUGUCAGCUAAAAUGUCCUGUUUUGUGCUGUUUCACUGGAUUGUGAUCCAGAUAUUUAUAGUGCCCUCAGCAUCUGAAACCGUUGUUACAGGAGUAAUAGGGCAAACUGUCCGCUUGCCUUGCUUCUACCAGGUGGCACAACAGUCGGACAUCUCUGAUAUGUGCUGGGGCAGAGGCCCGUGCCCGAAUUCAAAGUGCAAUAAUAAAAUUUUGCACACCACUAGGAAUAGAGUGACGUUCAGAAAAUCCCAGAGAUACAAUCUCCAGGGCUAUAUUUCCAAUGGAGAUGUGUCUCUCACCAUUGGGAGAGUGAAGGCAGAAGAUGCAGGGACAUACUGCUGCCGCAUAGAGAUCCCAGGCUGGUUCAACGACAUCAAACUGAACAUACGCCUGGAGGUGGUCAGAGCUCCUCCAGUGAUGACAACCACCACGAGAAAGGCACCUGUUUCCCCCAAACGUUUUAGAAAAACAACUUUUGCUCCUCAGGCAACCUCAGCUCAUCAAACUACAACAGAGACUGAUACUGCUGUCCUGACAACCACUGUCCCACCAGCAACAACUGCAACCACCAAGUCUCCAGCAGUAAUUACACUACAGACUGUUGCUCCCCCAGCAUUUGUUGUGACAGAAAAUGACGCUUUUCCAGAAGCUAUGGUGACAAUCAGUGCUCUCCCAGACUUUUCAACAGGUUUCCAAGCAGCUGACCUGGGGACUGAAGAUGACAUCGUGCUCUGCCCAGAAGAGUCUAUCCCUCUUCCUGAAGUGACUCCUGAAUUCCCAGGGACACUUGCAGCUUUGGAGGGAGCUAUAAGUCCUUACAUUUUGCCUGUGGUGGAAGACUUGCCAACUGCAGGGAUUUCAGUAAGUUCAGAAUGCAACGCUGAGAAACAUGAUGAUAAUGGAGAUAAGUUGCCCGUCCAUGCCUCUCUCAUUGCCUCUAUCCUAGUGGUGUCCAUUGCUAUCAUAUUGAUGCUUUCAUUGUUGUGUUGGAAACGUAAACACACAAAGAAGGUUAUAAUGAGAAGUGUUGGACCAGUGGAAGACCUUGAAACAGUUUUCAGUGGCACUGAAGGAGAAAACAGUAUUCAUUCCCUGUGA